CAUUUUACACUGGCAUCAUGAUCAUGACACAGAUGGUCAACAGUCCACCCUUGGAGAGGCCAAAAGCACGAGGCAUGUCGGUGAACAACAAACUUUGUCCUGCACUCCAGUCACCUUAAAAGAUUCAAGAAAAAAAGAGCAAAAAGACAGAGGAGAGGUCCCCCUAAUUCAAUCCUAGAAACCACCCCCGUAAGCAAUGGAGCGGGCGGAUUCUCCACUCUGGUCCAGAAGGCGGGCAGAAGGAGAUAUACGCCGUAGGGAUUAUCACGGCGUCCCAUUGAACCGAAUUAUCAAAUCAAAGUCGCAGUACUGCCAAUUCAACCUCCUUUUUUCUGGUUGAGCUUGUCUAUCCCCACGCGCUCACAAAUCUGGAGAGAGUUGGGAUUUUGCCUCUUCCCUUCUUCCCCUCCUCCAAUCUUUUUGACCCCUCCUCCACAUCAUGUCUUCUCAACAUCAUUCCGCCCCCCGCCUCUUGGAGAAGGCCAUCACCAACCCCGGAGCGGUCAAGAUUAACGUGGAGGGUGCCUUUAUCGUGGAUGAAGACCCCCGAUCCAAGAGUCCGGUCCGAACGGAGGGGGUGCAUUAUGAAGGUAGCGACAUUCGUCUGCCUCAUCAUACCGGUUUGGUGAGCCAUGUCGCAGUCGAUAUUGGCGGUUCCCUCGCGAAGCUGGUUUACUUCACGCGGGAAAUCGACUCCAGCGACGUUGGCGGCCGAUUGAACUUUAUGCUUUUCGAAACCCACCGCAUCGACCUCUGCAUAGAAGUGCUCAAACAAUUGAAGGAGGAGUAUGUCAGGCUUCACGGGCCGUCUCCGACGGAGCUGUGCGUCGUUGCGACCGGCGGAGGCGCCUUCAAGUACUACGACAAGUUGAAGGAUGCGCUUAAGGUCAACAUCAUCCGGGAGGACGAGAUGCAGUGUCUCAUUACGGGCCUCGACUUUUUCGUCACCGAAAUCCCCAACGAGGUCUUCACCUACAGCGAAACCGAACCGAUGCAGUUUGCCGAGGCCCGACCGGACGUCUACCCAUACCUGUUGGUCAACAUCGGAUCCGGGGUCUCCAUGAUCAAGGUGUCCGGCCCGCGGCAGUUUGAGCGCGUCGGCGGGACCCACCUCGGGGGUGGCACCUUCUGGGGGAUCCUGUCGUUGCUGACGGGGGCGCGGACCUUUGACGAGAUGCUGGCCAUGGCGGACAGCGGGGACAACAGCGGGGUGGACAUGCUGGUGGGAGACAUCUACGGCAUGGACUAUAGUAAAAUCGGGCUGAAGAGCACGGCGAUCGCGAGCACGUUCGGCAAGGUGUUUCGCAUGAAGAACGAUGCCGAGGAGGCGGCUUCGAAUGGGGAGGAGCCGGAUGUCACUUUUAAGAACGAGGACAUGAGCCGGAGCCUACUAUACGCCAUUAGCAACAACAUCGGACAGAUCGCCUACCUCCAAUCCGAAAAACACCAGGUCAAGCACAUCUACUUCGGCGGGUCGUUCAUCCGCGGACACCGCCAGACCAUGAACACCCUCUCCUACGCCAUCCGGUUCUGGUCCAAGGGGGAGAAGCAGGCAUACUUUCUCCGCCACGAGGGCUACAUCGGGGCGGUCGGGGCGUUCCUACGCCGACAGCCGGUCAACUGGGGACGACGGACGAGUCUGGACGGCACCACUGCGCCGCCGGAUAAGGAGACGUUCGACGGUCACCCCAAGGACCACGCCCUUUGAUUUCUCCCUCCCUCUCUCUCUCCGUCCCUCUCUCUCCCUCCCCAUUCUCUGUUUCCGUUUACAUUUCAGUCUCAUUUUGAGCGUUUGAUACCCGCUGAUUAUGUUGACGCUCUUGUCGGAUGGAUAGUCUCGGAUUCCCGCCUGCUCCAGGCGGGACAUCUGCACCUGUCAUCGUUGUUGUCGUUGUUAUUUGCUUCUGUACGAUCAUGGUAAUCUUUUCUAUUUCUCUAUUAUGUUUAAUUUGGGUCGGGAUAUGGUGUGCAAAUGUUUGUCCUUCCAGAGCCAGUGCUGUCGUUUCAUAGAGAUGGCGAAGGAUUAUCUUAUUUUCCUGGGAUAGAAAGACGCGACACAUUUGCGUAUACAAGAGCAUGAGCGAGCGUG